CAACAUGUCGGUUCGCGUCGAACACCGCGAUCGCGAUCGCUUCUCGCGACAUUCUUCCCGCGCUUCCGUCGAUCUAGCUUUUCCGAGUAGUUCGAGUAGAGACCACUCCUUCCGGUCGGUGCACUCAGGACGCGUGCCGCGCGUCUCCAGCGAUGACCUGAUGGUGCCGGUGCGCACCCUGCGCUCAGCGUCCUGUCGCGUGGCACCUGGCGCUCCGCACCGGCUGAGGCGCCAUCAUUCCUCGGCGGCGGACUGCGAGCGUGCCCGCCGAUCCAGACGGCACACCUUAGAGCUGCCCAACAGCCGUGGGCCGAGCGUACGCAGCCGGUCGCCGGAGCCACCGCCUCUCCCCCCGGAACCCGCGGCGGCGCCCGAGGACGCCGGCAAGGAGGCGCGGCGGCGUCGCGUGGUGGCGGCCGUAGCAGCGUCCUUCUUCGCGCUCGCGCUGGCGUCGGUCCUCGUGGUGGUGGUGACGCUGACGCACAGCUCGGUGCUCCGAGCACACAACCAAACGGCCAAUUCGGCAGGAGAACGAGCGCAUGAUGCACGACGCGCUCCAAGUGGGAAUCGUAAAUCGCACCCAGUCGUCGGAGGCAUUUCGCUGACGCCGCGCUAUUCCCCGCGCCCACGGCUCGAUAACAUCCGACCGGCCGCCGCCCCGCCCGAGGAGCCGCCAGACUUGGGGCCACACGACUUGGGGACACAUGACUUGGCCCCAACAGCACCAAAUCCCGAGGCGAAUAACACCGAAAUUACCAACGGUCAUGGUAUCUUCGGCCUCCAGGCGUCGGUGAGCCAAACCCCAGCAGGCCCUGCGUGAAUUCUGCGCUAACAUUCAUAUAAAUCGGGCCUGCUUCAUCCAUUUCCAAUAGUUGUGGUGUUGAACGCACAAACUGCCAGUGAAAAUGUUCAUUUGUCGACAAGCGAGCGAGUCGUUGCAUUUCCGUGUCGAGUUAGAAAGUGGUAUCAUAGUUUAACAUAUGUUAAAGAACUAAAUGUUAUUUGUUGGAAUAUGUAUGUAUAGAUGUAAUAAAAGACAGUUUCUUAUCCCGUGAUAGAGUAGUAGCUAGUUUGUAUGUGUAUUUACAUGUCAGUGGUAAGAUUUUAAUAUGUGUCCUUAUAAUAUUGAAUGACGUCACCCCUUACAGCUUGAUUAAGAUUUGGUGAGAUUAGUACUGAAUAAAGCAUUAUAAAGCUAAAGAGAAUUACAAUUAAAAAUAAUCUGUCCCGGUGUCCAGGUC